UUAGCAUCCCAAGCACACCCAGCGCCCUCCACCUGCUCACAGAUCCCGGCCAUCUCUCCGCCGACAACCGCACCUGCGCGUCCACCCUCCGCCCCGAACCAGAAGAUGGCUAUUGCCGGCAGUGGGAGGGGCAAGGCGAAGCCCGCCGCCAGCGCCAAGUCCGUGUCACGGUCGUCCAAGGCCGGCCUCCAGUUCCCCGUCGGCCGCGUCGCCCGGUACCUCAAGGUCGGCAAGUACGCGCAGCGCGUCGGCGCCGGCGCCCCCGUCUACCUCGCCGCCGUCCUCGAGUACCUCGCUGCCGAGACCCUGGAGCUCGCCGGGAACGCGGCGCGCGACAAUAAGAAGAACCGGAUCGUGCCGCGCCACAUCCAGCUGGCGGUGCGCAACGACGAGGAGCUGAGCCGUCUGCUGGGCUCGGUCACCAUCGCCGCCGGCGGGGUUCUGCCCAGCAUCCACACCACGCUGCUCCCCAAGAAGGCCGGCAAGGGCAAGGGCGACAUCGGCUCCGCCUCCCAGGAGUUCUAGAUUAGAUUAAGUGUCGUUAUGAAUGUUUGGGUUGGUAACUUGGAAUGCAUCUCGCAAUCUUGUUCUUGUUGUUACUGCCUGUGACGCCCUUGUCAAUACUAAUAUGAAUGAAACGGAUAUGUUGCUACCGUUCGUCUGAAUCCAA